UCUAGGGAUCUCUAGCCGCUCGAAGAAUGGGGAGUUUCCGGAACAACUCUAUCCAGGGGUCUAAGCGUCUUCACCCUCCGUCUCUGCUUGAGGCCGAUCGCACCGGGAAGGACGGGCAGAGGCGUUGGGAGGAUGGGAUCGUUGGUUUCGGGGAGAGGGGAUGUUUAAAGCAUCCCUUAUGAAAGCGGGAAGUUUAAACUGGUGUUGCAUCAGCAGUGACUUGUGGUUUCAGUUUCUCUUGUAAAGAGUAACUCUCUCUGCACCAGUGUAUGGCAAACACAAUCCUAACCUGAGUAGUGAUUAUUUCCCUUAUUAGGGGACAGGAAGUAAACUAAGUGUACACAACCCUUUUAUGCCUGGGCCUUAUAAACCUAUUCAAAAACAGAUCCUAUGUGUUUAUGUUUUUCUAAACCAAGCAUAAGCUCUCUUGAAGACUCAGGGUUACCGGCACAAUAAAUUAAUUAUUGCGUAGUCAUGACUGAGUCAUUGAGAUGGGUAGGCCCUUUUGCAGUGACAGCUGGACUUUGCGGCUUUUUUUUUUUUUUUGUCCUUUGGAAUUGUUUCUUAAAAAUCUGUCUGACGCUUCACAUUUAUAUGACACACUUUUCUGGUUCUAAUAACUUUUUUAAAAAAUAACUUUUAAUUAAAUCUAAAACUUCUACUAAUUUGCUGCUGGCGUGGCAAGGGUUGGGAAAACAAUUCAUCUUAGAAGAAUGCAGUGCGUUGCGUUCCUAAGUUGUCUCAGUUUUACUGGCAUGAACAACACCUGGGAACUUGUUGAAACUGCAAAGUGAAGAGUCUUACCCCAAACUCCAUGAAUCAAAAAUCUGUUUUAAGGAUAUUGCCCACUGAUGCCAGUAUACCUGGGUGCUACAGUUUGAGAAAUGCUGGCGGGAGUGAAAAAGAGCAGCCAGGCAUUGUGGAGUCACAGAAUGGAAUUUGAAGCCAGGUGAAACCUUUCCUAGGUUUUGGAUCUUGGACUAGUUACAGGGCGUCAGUGUUGGGGGUAUAUAGAGAAAUAUUCAGGACUUGAAGCAGCUGCUCUAAAGCCUAGACUCACUGUGAUGUUGAGAAGAGUGCCACUGAGACAACACGUCACUCUGAUUAGUGCUCUGCCCCUAACUCCGCACUGUGGUUCCUGGGUAUUGUGGCUAUUGCAUUUCUUCUUCCUGAUGACGCCAGAAAGUAAGUGGAAUUUUCAUCAUCCAUGGAUAAAGAAAGUGAAGCUCAGCAGGAUUGAUUAUGUGAUUUACACAAAGCCACGUACUAAAUUCUAAACUUUGCUGUCAGAAGUGGAUGUCAGAAAGACUGAAGCUUGUGAAUUGCUGUCAGGUGGCGGAGGAAGGAUCAUCUGGAUGUGUGAGUCGUAGCUGGAGACGUAGAGAUUCAGCUGCCUGUGUAUUCCCCAAACCUGACCACAUCUUCCUAUCUCCGACUUGAUAUCUCACCAUGCCUAGGAGAUCAAGAGGAGUUAACAUCGGGCUGCUUCUGCUCCUUUCUCAAAUCUUCCAGGUUGGGAUCAACAAUGUUCCACCUGUCACCCUGGCAACGUUGGCUCUCAACAUCUGGUUGUUCUUGAAUCCCCUGAAGCCGCUGCUUAGCUCCUGCCUCAGCGUGGAGAAGUGUUACCAGCAGAAGGACUGGCAGCGCCUGCUGCUUUCCCCUCUUCACCACGCGGAUGACUGGCACUUGUAUUUCAAUAUGGCAUCCAUGCUGUGGAAAGGAAUUCAUCUGGAGAGAAGACUGGGGAGUAGAUGGUUUGCCUACGUCAUCGUCACAUUCUCCCUCCUCACUGGGGUGGUGUACCUGUUCUUGGAAUUUGCUCUGGCAGAAUUUCUAAAUGAGCCUGACUUCAAAAGGAACUGUGCUGUGGGUUUCUCAGGAGUUUUGUUUGCUUUGAAAGUUCUGAACAACCACUGUUGCCCUGGAGGCUUUGUCAAUGUUUUGGGCUUUCCUGUAUCCAACAGAUUUGCUUGUUGGGUGGAACUCUUGGCUAUUCAUUUCAUCUCACCAGGGACUUCCUUUGCCGGGCAUCUGGCUGGAAUUCUUGUUGGACUGAUGUACACCCACGGGCCUCUGAAGAAGAUCAUGGAAUCGUGCACAGGCAUUUUCCCCUCUAAUAUUGAUUACCCAGGACAGCAGUACUACUUUAAUAGUUCAGGCUACUCUGGAUAUCAGGAUUAUUACCCAUAUGGCGGGCGAGGUGCUUAUGAAGAUGUCCCCAGGAACUACGACACGUACACCGCGGGACUGAGUGAAGAGGAGCAGCUGGAGAGAGCAUUGAGAGCCAGCCUCUUGGACCAAGGAAAUCGCAGAAGCAGCCCCCCGGCCUAUGGGUUCCGUCUCUCACCAGAAGAAGAAAUGAGGAGACAGCGGCUGCACAGAUUUGACAGCCAGUGAGGCAACCCAGCCUUGUGAACAAACACGGUCCGGUUGUGCAAUAAUUACCCCAGACCCUCAGUUUUGUACAAAAGCAGAGAGGGCGCAUGACCGUCCCAGUUGCUCACCUCUGCAGUGGCCUGUCACCCUGCAGCCACCGUGAGUCCAGCUGAUGUUUUGAGCUAGUUGACAUCUUGAGACCAGGCUUGUUUUGACAGCCCCCAGCUCUCUGGGAAUGGCACUCUUGACCUUGUUACCUUGCAGACAGAAGCUCAGGCGUCUCCACGUGGGGACCAGUUUCCACGAUCCUGUCUCUCACUGCUGACUCAGUGGAGCUCCUGCCUUGUUAUGUCUUUGAGGACCGUGACCUCUGCCAGGAGGUUUGUGUUCACCAGCCCAGAAGAUCAGGUCCUCCUCCUGCUCAGUGCCCGACUUGGCAGAAAGCGGGGAGCCAUCCCUCGUCCUCCUGGCACGUUGCCAUGGUGACUUUCCAGGCACCGGAUGUAGCCGUCAUUGCAGGGUGUCGUCCCGGCCUCCCUUGCCCAGACGCCUCGGUUCCUGGGGCCCCCAUGUCUGAGCGGUGUCUGCAGUGAACCUGCUUUUCUCUGAUGCCUCUCUGCCUUCCGAGGAUGUGUCAGUGGAAAAGCUUAAGUGAGACCUCAGAUGGGAAACCAGUUCCACACUCCACGACCCGGCAGGUGGCACCGACAACCCAGCUCCUCUCCAUCCCAGAGCCUCUCCGGGGACGAUGUCACAUCCUGGAGCUGCGACUUGUACUUAACUAACCAGCAGAGCAGCAGCAGGUGCCACGUGCAGAGGAGUGACCAGCAGCUUAGUCACAGAGAAAUCCUUCCUGAGGAAGUAUUUUUUUUUCCCUCAUAAAAGUGCCUUUUAAUUGACCACUGUAACAGCCACCCUCCAAGACACUCCCCUAACACACAGACCCCAAAUCACUUAAGACGUGUUUCCUGGUGCUUGAGUUUCAUGAAUAAAAGGAAAAGGUCAAAUAUCA